AUGAUUCGAGUCCUCCUCUCCCUACGUUGCAUUCGCCGCAACCACUGGUCAGAGCAUGAUGGCUGGCCAUUUUCAGUUGAGCAAGAACCUUUGAAGAGUUCUCCGAUGGAGCGUAGUCUGCGCGUUUUGCCCGAUUGUCCAGACACAUCCAUUCCAACGCCAACUGUCGAGUCUACCUCUUCCACUUCAGUACCAUUUCCAGAAAAUGAAGUUGCUUCAGAUUGUGGGUUGGAUGAGGAAAAUGGGUUUGUGGAGAUCGGUACCUUUUCGCCGUUGCGUAACCAUAGAACACGUGGUGUAGGUUCAGUGCGGAUGUAG